AUGGUCUUAAUUACUUUUAAGCACCUCGUGCUUCUUAUCAGCCUGUUUAAUGUCGCGCUGGCUUCUAAAGUUCUAAUUGGCUAUCGACGGGUGAGCCGGCGCGAAGCAUCUGAAAUCAAUCGGCGUAGCAACAUCUUCCGUGACCCCAGGUAUGAUACCAAGGCAAAUAAAGAGGGGGGAGCCCAGAUUGGUAACGGCGUUUACCUCUCUAUGAAGGUGAAUGGCUAUGCUGCUGGGAGACGCGACUGGUAA